CCACCACGGUAUUACAACAAUAACAUCUUACGUCCUCUAGAGGAGAAAUUGUGAAUUGCAGGAUUUUAAAUCCCCGUCAUCAUCCUUGCCUUCACUCGGUUUUGUUUAUAACCCUCUUCCAUUUUUUUCUAGUCCAUCCAAAUCCGGCCCUGGUGGUCGGAGUGUGGCAUCGGUGGGCGAGCCUUACGGUGAGGAAAGCCUUCCCUCUGGAUAACCCAGAGAACUAAAGCUUCUCCUCUUACUCCUUCUGCAGACUGUUUGAGACCCACCCCGAGUGCAAAGACGUUUUCUUCCUCUUCCGGGACAUCGAUGACCUGCAGCAGCUGAAGAUGAGCAAGGAACUGCAAGCCCACGGCCUCAGGUGGGUAGCGCCAAAAACAGCCCCUCUUCUCUGGGUCUGAAGCUGAAAAUCGGAAGAUUCAGGACAGAUGAUGAUAAUAAUAAUAAUAAUAAUAAUAAUAAUAAUAAUAAUAAUAAUAAUAGAAGAACUUCAUGUAGCACCUUGUAGGUGUUAUGGGAAUUACGAGGGGGGGCACAUCUUUAAAGUUGUUAAAUGUUACAAAUAUUAUGCCUGAAUGUAUCCUUUCAACUUGACAGCUCAGGGAAGUUACCUAGCUUUAAAAAUCAUAUAAAAUCAACUCCUUUGCCAGUUUCCUCCAUUCCAAAGCUAUUUUCCCCUUGAAAAAGGACUCCAGGAAGUUGCCAGAGGUGACAAUUGCUGAGCUGAUUGUUGGCCAAGGAAAGCCUGAUCCCAUCACCAAACUUGCUGUUAAGUACUGAGUUGAAUAGGAUCCAGAAUGCAGCAGUCUGAUUGGUCCUAGAACAAUGCAGCAGUAUGAUUGGUCCGCAGGAGCCACCCAAUCCAGCUCCAGGUGGAAGGGAAUCCGCAACCUGAUUGGCCUACAGGAGAAUCCCGGAAUUAGCCAAUCACGUGGGGCCCAUUGUGUAAAUAAUGUAUAUAAAGCAGACAUUCUGAGGGAACUUCCAUUCCUCCUCACCACCAUGAGCUGAAUAAAGAGCACGAAAUCCGCUCUCGACUCCAAGUAUAUUUCACUUGCCAAGGAGCCAGACAGAGGAAGUUCUCUUGUACUUUGGGCAGUGGGACUUCAGAGGUGUUUGCCUAUGCUAAUCUUAUACCUGGAUCUUGCCCUUAUGCUAAUCUUGUACCAAGGACUUGUCUGGACAUGUUUGCCAAGGUGAAACUAGUGUAACCCCUGUCUACCCCUCCCCGUUUGUGACAUAUCAGAGAUGUAGCAAUGAUGCUGUACGAACUGUAUUCUGGGAUAUGGUGGGAAAGUUUUAAAUGUCUUUGUCACCCCAUCCUCAGGUUUCAAAAUUCCUCUUUGAACCUGUUGCACAAUAAACUUUGUUGUUGUUGUUUAGUUGUUUAGUCGUGUCCGACUCUUCGUGACCCCAUGGACUAGUUGGUAAAUUCAUUACAAUCUCUUGACUUAAGCAAUCCAGUCUGGCUUGUCCAGAUUGGAUUAGUUCCUGGUAAAUCCCGUUUGUUCCCCCUUCAAAAGAAGAAAGACACACCAGUCUUCUCUUAAAAGUAAUAAGAGGUUUGCUCACAUUCAGUCCACAGUGUGAUCCUGAAGGCAGGCUUAAGCUUGUAGUUACAGAAGAGAGUGUGGGUUCAUCCUAUUGAUGAUUGAGCCCAUGUGUUGCUGGCUGAGUACCAGCAGACAGCAAAAGGCAUCAGGAUAGAAUAAAGCGAAGAAGAAGAAGGGAAGAUGGCUGCGUGACCAGCCCUUUUACGGGGUCUUCCAGGGUCACACCCAUCUCUUCCUCUUCUUCUUCCUCCUCCUCCUCCUCUUCUUCUUCUUCUUCGGCGAUCCCUCGUAGCCAACUAAGAUUGUCUUCCAUAAACACAGUUUUAACAAUGAGUCCGUAAGUGACUGUGGAGGCCAAUUCUGGAUCCACACGUCCUCCCACACAUCCUUCCACUUCCUCUUAGCACGUUUCUCCCUUGCGUCCUGAGUUUAAGUGCCUUCAAAACCCAAGACACCUUUGGUAAAGGCUGUUCUCCAACUGGAGCGCUCGCAGGCCAGUGUUUCCCCAUUGUCAGUGUUUAUACUACAUUUUUUAGAUUUGCUUUGAGACAGUCUUUGAACCUCUUUUGUUGACCACCAUCAUUACGCUUUCCAUUUUUAAGUUUGGAAUAGAGUAGCUGCUUUGGAAGACGAUCAGCAGGCAUCCGCACAACAUGACCAGUCCAACGAAGUUGAUGUUGAACAGGAGUCAGCAAACUUUUUUCAGUCUACUGUCCCUCAGAACUUGUGGGGGGCUGGACUAUAUUUUUUGGGGGGGAGAAUUAAUGAAUUCCUAUGCCCCACAAAUAACCCAGAGAUGUAUUAUAAAUAAAAGCACACAUUCUACUCAUGUAAAAACAUGCUGAUUCCUGGACCGUCCGCUGGCCAGAUUUAGAAGGCGAUUUGGCUGGAUCCAGCCCCCAGGCCUUAGUUUGCCUACCCAUGAUGUUGAAGAAUCAUUGCUUCAUUCUACCUGAGGAUGCUCCAGACCAGGUGUGACAGGAAGUCGUCCUGGCUGGACCAACAUCUCCCCUGCAUGUCCACUCUGGGCAAACAGGAAAUGUACUAGAUUGUUUCUGUUACAUCCCAUAGAGACAGCAUGUAUCUGAAUGCGCGUUGUGGGCUCCCACCUGUGGCUGUUCUGACGCCAAGCUUCCUUCUCUGUCUCUUCCAUGUCCUCUUUCCGUCGCCAGAGUGAUGUCGUUCAUUGAGAAGAGCGUGGCACGGCUCGACCAAGAGGACAAACUGGAGCAGUUGGCCUUUGAGCUGGGCAGGAAUCACUUCCGGUACAAGGCACCCCCCAAGUACUAUGAGGUGAGGAAGGCAGGGGCAGGCAGCCCCCUCUGCGGCCCCACAGAUCAACAUAGUUCGUGGGGAAAACGGGAGAGGAAUUUGUUAGAUCCGGAAGCAGCAGCCAGGAAAUCCUUGAUUGAUACUUCACCUCAGUCAGAACUGGCAUUGCUACAGGUGCCAGGUAAUACCUGGUCCACAUUUGGAAGAAAUCGUUCUUUCAGUGUGAUGGCAUCUGUGGAACUCCCUGCACAUUGAUAUCAGGCAGGUGCCUUCCCUGUACGCUUUCCCGUGGCUGCUAAAAACAUUUUCAUUUAGACACGCCUAUCCAGCUACUGGGACGCGGGUGGCGCUGUGGGUUAAACCACAGAGCCUAGGGCUUGCCGAUCAGAAGGUCGGCGGUUCUAAUCCCCGUGACGGGGUGAGCUCCCAUUGCUCGGUCCCUGCUCCUGCCAACCUAGCAGUUCAAAAGCACACCAGUGCAAGUAGAUAAAUAGGUACCACUCUGGCGGGAAGGUAAACGACAGAUUCACCCAUUUCUAUGCACUGUGCUUCCAAACCAUCCAAGAAAAAGAGAAUUAAAGACCCCCAGAUUUUGCCAGAGCUGGAUGGUUCUUCCCUGCUCCUCGUUUCCAGAAUCAAAAGAUGGGGCUGGGUAGGGAACACACCCUGCCUUCUCUUCUUCCUCUCUCUUUUCACCUCCCCAAAUAACCCUCCCGUCUCUGGAUUUCUCCCCCAGUACGUAGGCACUCAGUUCAUCCAAGCUGUCCAGCCCAUUCUAAAGGAACACUGGACUCCAGAGGUCGAGAAGGCUUGGCAGGUAAGAGAAACUUGCAGGGUUGACUCCAGUUAAGUUCCACUCGGAGCAGACCCAACGAAAUGAGCAGAACUAAGUCCGUCACUCCCAGGGCCGGGUUUACGUAAAAGCUAAAAAAGCUCUAGCUUAGGGCCCCACUCUUUGGGGGGGGCGGCAAAAAAUGUAAAGGGAAAACACCUGGAUGUACAUUUCCAAAAUAUAAAAAACAAAUAAAAUAAAACCUACCUACAGCAACAGUGUUUUCUUUUUUUGGUACAAAUUGACAAACCAUUUUUUUGGGGGGGGGUAUUUCUGAAAUAAAUAAAUAAACACCCCCACACAAGGAGCAUGAGACGAAACAGUUUUGGGCAUUUAUUUUCUUAAUGCAUGAAAGCAGCAUGGGACAGAACUAUGUUAUUCCUCCCCCCCCCGCCCCUCCCUCUGGUCCUCUUAUCCCCGAUUAAGCCGUUUUCCCCGAUUAAACCUGUGUGCGACUGAGCUUAGCUGUCCAAUGUGCUAUUUCCAAUCAAUGGGGAGGCACCUAUUUUGGGUACCUUCCGACAAACCGUUGGACAAGAAUGAUCAAGUUUGAUUUCAUGGGCCCUUAAUUAGAUUUCCGCUCCAUAGAAAUAUCCUAUUCUUGUUUUCUCUUAAAACAAGAAUGUGGUGUGUCUUUUUUUAAUCAUUCCAUGUGGGUUUUCUUUCUGAAUCUAGCACCUGUUGUUUAUCUGACGUAAAGGUAAAGGGACCCCGGACCAUUAGGUCCAGUCGUGGCUGACUCUGGGCUGACUCUGAAUGGCAAGCCCUAGGCUCUGUGGUUUAACCCGCAGCGCCACCCGCGUCCUCCUUAUCUGACUUAGGCCAUAGCAAAUUUCAGAUUGACGUAAAAAUGGCAAGGGUCGGUCGGGUGUUGCGUCUGUGUUUUUGGAAUGUGGUCUGUCCUACCGUUUCACCCCCUGGUUCUGCCAUAGCCCUCCAUGCCCCCCAUCCCUCCCCCUUUUGGAGGGCAGGAUUCACCCAGUAAACGUUUGCCUCUCUCUUCCCCCUUCCCCCCCAGAGCCUCUUCAAAUAUUUGGCGGCCACCAUGCGGCGAGGCUUCUUCACGGAAGAGAAGACUGCGGGAACCGGCAAGUCUCUUUCCUCGAGGAAGGCUUGCGCUGAGUCAACUCCAAGCAAAAACUAGCAAGACAAAAAUCUGCUCUUGAUGUGACUCAACGAUGGACACACACACACACACACCCUGGACUCCCCCCUUUUUUGCUCCUCUCUUCCAAGUGGAACUCCCAGGUGCAGGAAAAGUUCUUUGCAGUGAUUCCGUCUCUGUUGAAAACAGGGGUUAGUAAUAAUAUUUUUUCAAAAGAAACCCAAGGCAAGGAUUUGAGAGUUCUUGAAAGAAGGACCAAACAUCCAUCAAUUUGCUUCCCGUGAGCUUUAUAAAUGCGUAUUUAUGUUUGGGAGGGAUUGUUGCAGGAAUGGAGUCCUGCUCAGCUGAGCACAUGUUGCCCUGCUGUUUUAGAGGGCUCCUGGUAAUAAUAAUAAUAAUAAUAGCUUCAUUGUCAUUGUACAACCUGUGUACAAUGAAAUUAAAUGAGCCUCCCUCCCUCCCCAAACACUCAAUCUCUUAUUGAACAACACACCACCUCGCAAGUCAAUUUCGCAAAGUUAUUUUUGAUACAGUACAAUAAUCUUUAUUGUCAUUGUCCCAUACAGAACAACAAAAUUGAAAAAAUCUACAUCAGACAUUCAAAACCCAACAAGCCUGCUAUCCCAGCCUGUUUAGCCCCCUAAAAACUCUGAUACCCCAUAAAUAAAUACAAUAUACUCCCAUAGAGACUACCUUACACUGCGUUUAAAACCAAAAUCGCAUUUGGAUAAAAACUGUUUCUCAGGCGGCUAGUCCUAGUCUUUAUAACCCUGUACCUUCUUCCAGAAGGCAGAAGCUGAAAGAGAUCAUUUCCGGGGUGCGCACUAUCCUGCGCUAUCUCUGCAGCUUUCUUAUGG